AUGGAGAACCCAGAUAUGAGAAUUGCUGAUGUUGGUACCGGCACCGCUAUCUGGUUAACAGACCUAGCCAAUAAGCUACCAAGAUCCGUUCGUUUGGAUGGUCUCGAUGUUUCGUUUGAUGCUGCCCCUCUUCGCGAAUGGCUUCCAGCAAACGUGACCUUGCAUCACUGGAACAUCAAAGAGGAGGUUCCUGAACACCUAGUUGGUGCAUAUGACCUGGUCAACAUACGGUUCUUUGCAGUUGUCAUCCGAAGCUCUGAGAUCAAAGACGUUCUGAAAAACUUGAUCCGACUACUCAAACCAGGUGGCUUCCUUCAAUGGACUGAUGCUGAUUCCUCUUCGGCGCGAACGGUAAAGCUCCGGCCUGAUCUAAGCGAUGAACCGUUGCAGCGGCUCUGGAGUUUCCUUCGAGGGGACGACGAAAGGUUCUACACUUCGUGGGUACCCGAUCUGGGGACUCAUUUCCAAGAAGCAAAGCUUGUGGACGUCGAUGCCGAUCGCAUAAUACCCCCACCUUAUAUUGACCAAGCAAUGACUGAGAUUAUGUUUCUGGCCCUCGAAGUAUCUACCAGAAAUAAGGAUAUCGAUGAUAAGAGAGCUCAGGAAGUGAGGGCAACGAUCCGAGACGCAGUCAAGGCUUCCAGAGAGGGCUCUAAUUUCCAGUUUACCUAUUGGAGAUUUAUUGGACGAAAUGCCACGAGAGCGUCACUGUGA